AUGAAGUGGCUGGUCCUUAUAACAUGUUUCAUUUUGUUUGUCUCUGGAUUGCAAAGAGUUCCCCUGAAAAGACACAAAUCUUUGAGGAAUAUUUUGAGAGAACGUGGUGAACUAUCCAAAUUCUGGAAAAGUUACAAGGUGGACAACAUCCAAUACACCCAGGACUGCUCUGCUUUCCAGGAAGCAAAUGAGCCACUCCUCAACUAUUUUGAUGUGGAAUAUUUUGGAGAGAUCUCUAUCGGCACUCCUCCUCAGAAUUUCACUGUGCUUUUUGACACUGGUUCCUCCAACUUAUGGGUACCAUCGGUUUACUGUGCCAGCAAAGCUUGUGUUGAGCAUUCCAGAUUUCACCCCACAGAAUCCAGCACCUACAAUGAAGUUGGAACAUCUUUUUCCAUUCAUUAUGGCACGGGUAGCUUGACAGGAAUAAUUGGAAUGGAUUCAGUGACUGUUGAAGGAAUCACUGUAACCAAUCAACAGUUUGCAGAGAGUGUUUCUGAGCCUGGAAAAACCUUUCUGGAUUCUGAGUUUGAUGGGAUCCUUGGUUUGGCUUACCCAUCUCUGGCAGUGGAUGGAGUCACACCAGUCUUCGAUAAUAUGAUGGCCCAAAAUCUGGUUGAAUUGCCAUUAUUCUCUGUUUACUUAAGCAGGAACCCAGACUCUUCCAUAGGAGGGGAGCUGAUUUUUGGUGGCUAUGAUCCUUCCCUUUUCAGUGGAAAUCUCAACUGGAUACCAGUCUCUAAAAAAGGAUACUGGCAGAUCCAACUGGAUAAUAUCCAGGUGGGAGGGACCAUUGCAUUCUGUGCGGAAGGCUGCCAGGCUAUCGUGGACACAGGGACCUCUCUCAUCACAGGUCCAUCUGAUGACAUUAAGCAGAUGCAAAACUUAAUUGGUGCACAACCUGUAGAUGGAGAAUAUGCUGUUGAAUGCAGCAACCUCAGUAUGAUGCCUAGUGUUACUUUCACCCUCAACGGGAUUCCUUACUCUCUUACUCCAGAGGCUUAUACCCUCAUGGAAAAUAGUGAUGGGAUGCAGCUGUGCUCCAGCGGUUUCCAGGCUCUGAACAUGCAGACCCCAGAAGGGCCACUUUGGAUUCUGGGGGAUGUUUUUAUUGGCCAGUAUUAUUCUGUCUUUGACCGGGGAAAUGACAGAGUGGGGUUGGCACCUCUUGUUCCUCCAGCAGCUGUAUGAUAUCAGAGUCUGAGCCCCAGGCGCUUUUCCCCCUGAGCAACUCUGAUAAAAUGCUUCCCCCACCUCUCCGUCUGGUUUCAGAUUCAAUCAUGAUCAGAAUGCAUAGAAUUGUUUUCAUUUACAUAUCUUGAGCUCUUUCUUUAUUCAAAAUGCAAUGGCCAAAUUGCCUAGUUAAGCUGGUUGCAGGCAAUAGAUAACUGCCAUUUGACACCCAACUUCACUGCCUACCCUCUAGGCACAAUUCAAAUUACUCAUGGCUUGGGUCCAUACUAUCUGAAAGACCAUACCUCCCUCCAUGAGCCUGCCCAAGUUUUCAGAUACUUGGUAGAAGGCUUUAUUUGGAUCCCACCACCAUAAUAGUCAUCUUUGGUGAGGGUAUAUGAGUCUUUUCAUGGCUAAUCCUAGGCUGUAAAAUUCACAGCAACCCACUCUUUCUUCUCUUUUUUGAAUAGAGUAUAUUGAACUGACAAAGGAUUCAAAUUGAACAACUACUGAUGGAAGGAAUCUUGCUGAGAACACAAGGUGUUCUACCCACAAACAUUAAGUUACCUAUCUUCUUUUCUAUUCCUAAUUUUUGUAAACAAAACAAUAUACUAAAAAUAAAUAAAAAUAAUAUUUUUUUAAAAAAGCACUUUUAUGCAACGCUAUGCUUGCCCCUAUAUUUUUUUACUUCCACUGUCAGGCAAAGACUUUUUUUUGUAAUUUAGAUUAGUAUGGAGAAUUGAUUAGUAGUUGCAAAAGGAUCUUUUAAUGGAUUAUGUGUGCUGUUCUUUUAUUCUCAUA